UUUUUUUUUUUUUUUUUUUUUCAAUUUUCAACUUAUAAAGAAACGAAUUCAAUAAUUGAAGCAGAUAUUCAGAUCAAGAGGAUAAUGGUUGAGAAAGAUAAGUCUGAGGAGCUGGAAAUAUUCAGAAGAGCAAAUCCAGCUGGGUGGACGCCCCCAAAGGCCCCGUACAAUCCAUAUGAUCCCACUGAUUUAAGGCCUCCAGGAGGGUAUCCAUCAGAGUUUAAGAUACCAGGAAAUCAGCCCCUGGGAUUUCUGUCGCUUCCCAAGAACCCUACGCAGUAUAAAAAGGUUAACGAAACCAUGAAAAGAUUGAAUUAUACCCCAAGACCCAUGUCUGAGUUAUACCCAGGACAGUAUAAGGUAUUACGUAAGGUGGACACCAAUCAAAGACUAAAUACGGGUAGUAGAUGGUUCGGGACCUUUAUUGGAGGAGCCGUAGUCUUUUAUUUUGCAUUUUUCCAUCGUUGGAAUGAUGGGAAGGAAAACGUCAUGAGUGAUUUUUACAGAGCAAGAUUGAGGUUACAAGAAAGAAUAAUCGGGAUAAGUGAUCAAGAAUAUAACGAUUUAUACCAUCCCAAAGACGCAGGGAUUGUUGUGAAAAACGUUAGAGAUACCGAUUACAUACCUGAAGAUAUGAGAAAAACCAAAGAAGGUCAAUUUGCAUUAAACCGUCCAUCCCAAAGACACGUUUUGGAAGCACAAAGGAUUCAACAAGAACAAGAGGAACAGAUGUUGAGAGAAUUCGAUCAGCAUAAGCAGUACGCUGAAACCUUACUAAAAGAAUCCGAACCAGAAAAACCUAAAAAAUGGUUCAAAUGGUUUUAAGCAUUAUUUAUUACUUUGUAUAUAGAUUAAAUAAAUUCUGAUUC